AAAUUAAAAAUUAAUAAUUGAUUUUUCAUUAGAUGGAGCAUGGUGAAGACGCCUGGAUGACGAUAAUUCAAAAAGCAAAUUGUAAACAUACUGUCUUCAACACCCAUCAGGUGUAUAGCGAUAGUGUAAUGAUUUCGUUGGCUAAUGCUUGCGCCGAAAUAAGCGGUCUCCCGAGGGAUGACGUUAUGAGAUCUUUUGGAAAAUGUUUCUACAAUAUAUUUUCUUAUUUCGGUUAUGAUAAGACGAUCAAAGCGACGGGUCGCUAUUUCACAGAUUUUCUCGAAAAUGUUGACAAUAUUCACUCGCAAUUUCAAUUUACUUUUCCUAAAAUGAAAAGCCCGUCGAUUUACGUUCUCAAUGUGGAUAAAAACGGCUGCGUGAUGGUUUAUAGAAGCAGAAGAAAAGAAUACACCAAUUAUUUUAUUGCUCUACUGGAAGUAAUUGCAGAUGAACACUACAAUUUAAAACUAGAUCCGAUAAUUUUGAGUACAGAAUUGUCUUCCAAAAAAGAUCGCCCCGUUUUAGUGGUUCAUCUUCGAUUAAAUUUUGAUAACAGCGAAUACAUGGAACAUAAAACGAAGUCGUCCCAAGCCCAUUUAGAAACGAGACAAUUGGCACCAUUUUCGUGCGAUUUACUGCUUGAAUUGUUUCCCUUUGCCGUUUUAAUAAGUCGUGAAAUGACGGUCAAAGGGGCUGGUGAGAAACUAAGCACGAUUAGAAAUGAAAAUUUAAUUGGUCAGCCGAUACACAAAUUUUUUCGGUUAAGAAGACCUAAGAAGAUUGAAUUUUCUUGGAAAAAUAUUUAUUAUCUUCAAAAUGUUCGAUUCAUUUUGGAGUUCAUGAGGGGUAGUAUGUUCGGUUCGUUGUUGAAUAAAAUUGAGACGAAAGCAAUUGAAGAACGUCCUUCUACCUCACCCUCUUCGCAACAACUGGAGGUAGAGAGGAAGGACGAAAAAAAAGAAAUUCGACCUAUUUCGCCUUAUCAGGCGAGGAGGGAAAGUCAAGGCGUCAGAAACAUUAUCUUGGGAGGGCAAAUGCGCUACUUGGAAGAUAUUGAUGCCAUAAUUUUUCUCUGCAGCCCCGUAAUAAACGACCUCGACGAAUUGCCAGAACUCGGACUUUAUUUGAACGAUUUGAAUGAGCACGGACUAAGCAAAGAAAUGGUAUUGGCAGGCUGGCAACACAAUCUAAAGUUGGAAGUAAUGUUUGACAAAGAAGAACAAAAAGCAGUCGAAUUAGAAAGAAAUCACGAGUUGUUAGAGACAUGGAAGAAACGCGGAGAUGAUCUUUUGUAUUCCAUGAUCCCUAAAACUGUAGCCGAUAGAUUACGAACUGGGGAAUCCGCAAUGGGAACUUGUGAAGUAUUUAUCUUUCAUUCUUUUGAUAUGGUAUCGAUAAUGUUUUGCGAACUUGUCGGUCUUCAUUCAAGCACAGUCCGAGAUGUAAUGGACGUUGUGUCUUCCAUGAACGCAGUAUUCACUUGUUUCGACGAGUUAAUGGACAAAUUUAGAGUUUAUAAGGUUGAAACAGUAGGUCAAAUUUAUAUGUCUGUAAGUGGGGCACCGGAGAGGACGGACUUUCACGCACAAAACGUUGUCGACUUCUCCUUGAGCAUGAUACAGCAAAUUCAACACAUACAAAUUAAUUCAGGUGGACAUUUAGAAGUUAAAAUAGGCAUCCAUUCGGGACCCGUUGUUGCCGGAGUCGUCGGGUUAAAGGUCCCUAGGUAUUGCUUCUUUGGGGACACUGUAAACACCGCUUCCCGUAUGCAGUCGUCUAGUUUGCCCGGAAAAAUACAUAUUUCAUCAGCAACCAAAGAAUUGCUACCCGAGGAAAAUUAUCUAGCGGAAAACAGAGGGUUCGUUCAAAUUAAGGGCAAAGGCGCCAUGGAAACCUUUUGGAUCUACGACAGGUCAGAAUAUGACGAAAUGGACUGUGAAUGUGGGCCCCUCGAUGAAUAUUCCGAAGUUUUAUCAAACAAGACGUGUCCGCUUGAUCUAUUCUCGACAAUGUACGGUAUGCUGCUAGAAAGCAUCCAGUAUUUUGUACAGCUGGAGUACGGCGAAGAUGUGUGGAAUAUGGUGAAAAGGGAGGCCAAAUGUACACACGAAAUGUUCAACACCCAUCAAAUUUAUUCCGAUGAUAUAAUGUCGUCCUUGGGAUAUGCCUGUGCAAAAGUCAUUGGGUCGUCGUACGACGAUUUUAUGCUGUUUUUUGGAAGGUGCUUCGUUAGAUACUUUAGCAAUUUCGGGUACGAUAUUACCAUCAGGGCAACGGGCAGGUAUUUUACCGACUUUUUACAGAAUGUGGACAACAUCCACAGCCAAUUUCGAUUUACUUAUCCUAAAAUGGAAAGUCCUUCUAUGUAUGUCGCCGAAAUUGACAGAGAGGGAUGUGUUUUGGUGUACCGCAGUGGUAGAACAGGAUUUAAAAGUUACUUAUUAGGGCAGCUACAUCAAGUUGCCCAGGAUUUAUUUCAGCUUAAGAUUAAAACGAAUGUCCUGAAGGAGGGAAAGGUCGAAGACGGCUCUAAAAAAAACACAAUUCUCAGGAUUCGUCUUGAUUUCAACAACAGCGAAUAUAUAGCGAAAAAACAAUCGAGUAAUAUGAAAAUUCGCUCGUUCCCGUUGCCGCAGGUUCAUUGUUCGGACCUUAUGGAGAUGUUUCCUUUUGGUAUUCUGUUCAAUUCGGAAAUGAAAAUUAGGGGAGUUGGACUUAAAUUGCAGAACAUAUGGCCGAAUAACACGUCCCCGUUAGGAGAACCUGUCACUAAAUAUUUCAGACUUAGAAGACCUUACGGGGUGUCACUUACAUGGCAAAAUAUUUUGCAUCUUCAGUUUGCUAUGUUCGAAGUGGAAUUUUUAAGGGUUGAAACACGAGAACAGAGCACAUCGUCGAACCCCGAAUCGUCCGCAACAAAACCAGACGAAUCAACAGGUUUAACCCACAAGGAAUCGUUCGACGAGCAGCAACAACAACAACAGGGUCAAAUUCAAAUAAUAAAAGAAGGAAGUGUAGUACAUAACGUGAUUAAGAAUUUGUUGUUAAAAGGACAAAUGAAAUAUCUGCAAGAUUUGCACGCCGUCAUAUUCCUCUGUUCUCCAAUAAUCAACGAUAUCGAAGAGUUAGUCGAUAGUGGGUUGUUUUUGAACGAUUUGAACCCCCACGGUCUCAGUAAGGAGCUGGUUAUGACAGGGUGGCAGCAUAAUUCAAAAUUAGAAAUGAUGUUUGACAUGGAAGAAAAACGAUCGAACGAACUCACACGUAACCACGAGCUUUUGGACGAAUGGAAAAAGCGAGGUGACGACCUAUUGUACUCGAUGAUCCCGAAACCGGUGGCCGACCGAUUGAGGGAGGGCAACUCCCCCUUGAGUACUUGCCAGUCCUUCGACGCAGUAACAAUCCUUUUUUGCGAAUUAGUUGGCUUAAGUUCAUCGACGGUUAAGCAGGCCAUGGAGGUGGUGUCGACCAUGAACACGGUCUUUUCAUGUUUCGAUUCCCUAAUGGAUCAAUUUGAUGUUUAUAAAGUCGAGACCGUUGGGCAAGUGUACAUGGUGGUCGGGGGUGCCCCGAACCCCAACGAGAACCAUGCCGCCAACGUGGCCGAUUUAUCCCUUUGCAUGAUUAAACAAAUCAAAAAGAUUAGUUUGAACGAAAAGAAUAAAAUCGAAGUCCGAAUUGGGAUGCAUUCGGGACCAGUUGUGGCAGGAAUUGUUGGUCUUAAAGUUCCAAGAUAUUGCUUUUUUGGGGACACGGUUAAUACUGCGUCCAGGAUGCAAUCAACUAGCUUGUCGGGAAAGAUUCAAAUUUCGUCAUUUACAAAAGAUUUGCUACCCAAUCAAGGGUAUAGUAUUCAAAGUCGAGGGCGAGUCACCGUUAAGGGAAAAGGAGAGAUGGAAACAUUCUGGCUUCUGGCAAAAAAAUCCCACCAAUAAUAAAAUAAUUGAUCUUGUAAUCAAAAUAUGUACACAAAUAUCUAA